AUGUCUCAGCGCGUAUCUGACGAAUCUACGUUUCACGGACACCACACCACAGAAGCCAUGUCAAGAAUCGAUCGCACCAGCGAAAAGUAUAAAGCUCGCAACCAAUGUAGAUCACGGAAAUCGUCGGCUAUGAACGAAAUGAUGGUCGCGAUUAAAUCUGUGAAUCAGUUACCGAUUAUGGAUUGCAAGUGUUCUAACGACGCUCGGUCGCAGAAAAUAUCGAGAGCAUUCCUUGAGGAAGAAGCCGCUCUGGAGAGUAGCAUACAAUCGAAAAGGUCACGUACGAAGAUAUAUUCAGGCGCCAAAGCUCGCCAACCGAGUGUACCGAAACUUUUCACCCUGGCAACUCGCUCGCUACAGGAAAACGUCGAUCAGAUCGGCGUAUUGGGUGGCAGAAUUCCAUUCGAUCUACUUCGGCCAGUACUGGAAAAAGCUACGCCCAAUCAGCUAACAAAGUUAGAGCAAUUAAAUCCCUACUUACUGGAAGAGACGUAUGUUCUCUGGGAACAGCAUUGCAGGCGCGAAUUUCGCAAUCAACAGCGCAAAGAAGAGGAGUGUGAGUCCUGGCGAGAAAUGUACGGCCGUUGCUCCCAAGAAAGAGACGCAAAACUUGCCAGUCUCGUACAAAUCAUAAAGCAGUCCACAGUGCAAAGAGAGGCCCCUGUACGGAAAACCCAGCUGCUGUACAUGGAUUCGACUGUGAAGCCACCGCGCAAUGUGAUCAGCAAGCAGAUCAAAUACGGCACUGAUCGAGUUGCCGUUGUGUCGCCGGCAGCUAGAGUGCCGGCGUUGCAGAGUACGUCCACUAAUGUCGUUAAAGUAGGAGAUUCUCGCCUGAAGGCGGUUGUUGCUGUUGUUGGGGCAAAGGGUAAAGUUCCGGUGCAAGGGAAGCCGAAAAAGGCACCGUUGAUGGCCAAGUUGUUGACCUCUAUAAAAGGCUUGAAGGGUGGUUCACGGCGUUGA